UCUGAAAAUUAGAAGUGCGUAAUUUAUAUUAUUUAAUAAGCUUGUUUUAAUAUUAAUAAUGCAAUUAAAUUUAAGAAAAAUUACUUAUUAAAAAAUUAAAAUUACAAAAAAUACAAUUUUUUAUUGUUAAGAAGAAUAAAUCAAAACAAUAAUAAACUAGGAGGCGCGUGUAUUGUGUAUGUAGUUCAUCAUAUCUUCGAUUCGAGUGGCAAGUAACGAAACAAAAUAAAAAUUUUGCCGACUUAUUUAUUGAAAAAGAGAUCGUUUAUAUGGAAGAUUUGACGGACAUCGCCGAAGCUACAGGCGACGACCAUGAAAAUGGUGAGACACAGGGUAGAACAAGAUUGGUUGCAACAAGUGAAGGUAAUGCUGUAGUUUCAGUUCCUGUUUCAUUGCCGGUUGGUUCUUUAAUUGCUGGUACAGCGUUCAAUGUUAUAACACCUGAUCAACUCCCACAUUUUAAGCAAAUGCUCUGUGUUGACAAUAACGCUUUCCUAGGCGGAACAGUAGUUAGUGAUGUUAGCUCAGGUGAUUUAAAAACGAUAGUUAUUCAACAACAGCCAUCGUCUUCUAACGCUUCAAAUCAUCAAGAUCCAUUGGGUUCUGGUUUGAACGGGAAUGAUGGAAACGGUGGCAAUACUAGUAGUAAUUCACAAGAUAGUACAAUGAAAUAUGAAAGUUCAGUAGUACAAAUAACAGGACAUCAACAAUCUCCCAAUCUAAAUUGGGCUGAUGCAGCUAAUUUAGAUGUAUUUCCAAUAAGAUGUAAAGCGACAACAGCUGAAUUAUAUAAAAGUAAAUUAGGAUCAGGAGGUAGAGGUCGGUGCAUUAAAUUUAAAGAGCAAUGGUAUACACCUAGUGAAUUUGAAAAUAUAUGUGGACGAGGUUCGAGUAAAGACUGGAAAAGAUCAAUACGAUACGGUGGUAGAAGCUUGCAGGCUUUAAUUGAUGAAGGGAUUUUAACUCCACAUGCUACUAGUUGUACUUGUCAAGCAUGCUGUGAUGACGAAACAACUGCUUCGGGACCAGUUCGAUUAUUUACGCCAUACAAAAGAAGAAGACGCAAUCAUGCGGAAGAAAUAGGUACAGCUAAUCACGUGCCCAAAAAGAAACGAACCGAAAUACCUAUCAAACAAGAAGAAAUAUUAUUAUCAGCAGCAGACCCAAAUUUAGUUUCAAAAGUUGAAAAUUGGACAGCUUUAAGUGAUACAUUAGAUGCAUCAUCUGAAUUUCUUGAUCCAUUAGCUCAGACUUAUUAUGAUACAAAUCAGUUUUUAAAACGAUUAGAUACAAUUUGUUCGACAAUGUCAAAAGCAACUAAUGAUUUUAAACGUUUAUACCAAGAAUUGAAAGAACAUUAUAAUCGAAAAAUUGAUCAAUUACAAAGAGAACGUGACGCGGCAUUAAUAGCCGCAAGAGUUCAUGCAGAAGUUGAUGAUUCAAACAUAGCGAAUCAAUUAAGCGGAACUGAAUUAGUAGCUACUAAAAAAUGCGCAAAUUGCAAUCGAGAAGCUUUAGCGGAAUGUUCACUUUGUAGACGAACUCCAUAUUGUUCAAUAUUUUGUCAAAGGAAAGAUUGGAAUGCACAUCAGGUUGAAUGUAGAACAGAUCCUAAUGAAACAACACAACAAAUAAUGUUACUAGUGGAUGAUCAGGCGUAAUAUAUUAAUUUAAUUACUAAAUCAAAAAAAAAUAUUUAGACAUGUUUAAUAUUUUUCUUUUUAAAAGAAAUUUUUUUUUUUUUUUUUUUUUUGAUAAAUAUAAUUAGAAAUAUGUAGAGGUACAUUUUUGUUAAAAGUGUAUUCAAUGAUAUACAUACAUAGUAAUUCUAAAACUAUUUUAAAAUAGUUUGAGAUAUAAAAGAAAAAAAAAUGAAAGGAAAUAGAGAAACAGAAUUGUAAGUCAUGAAAUAAAUAUUUAUGAAUAUAUUUAAGAAGUUUUUUAUAUUUUUAUUUUUAACGGGUUUGCCUCCUUUUUUUGUUAUUUUAAAGCGAAAAAAAAUUUAAUUGUAAUGUUGAUUUAUAUAAGAAUAAUGAUUCAAGUCAAAAAUAGAAGAGUCGGGGAAAAAAAACGAAAUAGUUUUUUCAUUCAGAAAAUUUUUAAAAUAAAAGAAAGAUUUUUUCUGUUUUUUUAGUUCAGCUCGUAUAUACUUUUUAUUCAUCUCAAGAAAAAAAAAACACCAAAAGAAAAGCUUCAUUUUAUACGUGAACAAUUUUUUUUUUAACAAAAUAAAGUUUAUUACAUUUUAUUAAAAAAGAAAAUCAAAUUAAAAAAAAACAUUUAGAUUUUUUUUUAAUGCAAUAAAAAUGCUCGCUUAUUCUAAAAUUUUUAUAUAAAGAGAAAAGUUAUUAUUUAGACAACAUUUUACCUAAUAUUUGAUUGAAUACUCCAUUAAUUUUUAAAUUAUUUAACUUCAACUUCAAAAAUUUAAAAUAUUUGCAAACCAUUUUUUUUAAUAUAAUUUUUAAAUAAAUAUUGCAACAGCGACUCUUAAAUAAUUAAAAAUUACUUAGAAAUAUCAAAAAAAAAAAGAAGUAAAAGAGACUAUUUACUACACAAUUUUAGGGAUUCACCGUUUUUUUAAAAUAUAUUACAUAAUAUAAUUAAAUUAAAACAAGUACAUAAUUAAAUUCAAUUUGAAUUAUAGAAAAAAAAAAAACAAAGAAAAUUAAAAUAGAAAUGUAAAAAAAAACAAAACUAUUCUAAAGAAAACAAUU